UCGGUUUGAAAAUUCAAAAGCUACCCCGAAAGUUCAAGCUCGUGCCUCAUUACGAGAUUCCCAUACAAAAAGCAACGUUGAGAUGGCCGCCCAGAUCGCCGAUCGCAGCAACGCCGCCAUGAGCUUCAACAGCGGCGAGAGCGCACCUGAGCUGUCUAAGCUGGAGGCCACGCGCCUGGCACUGGCGCAGGAGCAGAAGAAGCGCAUCGACGCCGCCGUGGCGCGCGUGACCGGCAAAAAAGAAGGCGGAAAGCGGAAGGGCCUGAGCUCGCCCGACACUGGCCACCGUAGCAAGAAGAGCAAGACGGUGGUGGACGUGGCCAGUGACCAGGUGGACAAGAAGAACUCGAUCGCGCGUAGGAUGGUGGACAGGUUCUCUGCUAUGCCCGAGCCUGAACGCGAGCAGGAUAUUGACCAGCAGAACAAACCCACGACGCGCUCUGUGUCCACGCAGCAGUUUGUAGCUCGCUCUACGAUGGUUGCCAGUCCGCCGGACAAUGCGCUACGUGAGACGGCAGAGAAGGUGGUGACCACAACGGCUACGACGGUGGAAAAGGUAGUGGAGAAGAAAGAGAAUGUUGAUGAAGACGCUACUCCCGCUGAGGAGCAGGAAGAGGAGGACGAGAAGGACCAAUGGGAUGGACCCACCACCAACUACCACGUGAAGCAGCUCGGUCUGGACGAUAAGGUGGACAUUUACGCGCCUGUGGCACAGCAACAGCAUGACGUACAACGCGUACGUGAGCGUGCCAAGUACAUGCCUAGUAUUAGCGGCGAGAGCAUCAACACGAUCAAGACAUCGAGUGAUUCGGAGGCCGAUUCGGAUUUCGCACCAAAGGAACGUCUUAGUCAGGAGAGUGAGGAGUCGGACGCUGUGUCGCUGCCUGAAGUUGACGCUAGCGAGACUCAAGCACUUGCUGAAGAGGCAGAGGAGUUCGAUAAGCAGACUGCGAUUCAGACGGCUGAAACUCAUCGAACGUGGACCAAGCGGGUGUUCGUGUACACGCCGCUGUUUAUUGUGGCAAUUAUUGUGCUAGUAUUUGCUCUUCUCUUUGCGAUCGACUGGUCACAGGAGACGUUCCAGUUCUGCGAGAUUGAUGCCAAGAGUGCAGAGGGUACGUUGUCCUGGUUUGUACAGCUUUUUGUGGAUCUAGCUCUCACCUUUAAUUGCUGAACGUGUAAUCCUGUUGCUGCUGCAGGCUCCGAGGAGAUUUUCUCGUGCGCUUCGUUUGUGCAAACUCAGUCGUUGAUCAAGUCCACCCUUCGGCAGACUGCGGAGAAGGUGCAGGAGACAGUGCAGUCGUAUUUCGAGUAAGCUGAAGCAUGGAUGUACCUGUCAUUUGCCGCCGUGGUGCCAGCCGUCAAGGGAGUCCUGGAGCCGGCAGACAGGUAGGCAAGGGAGGAUCUUCACCGCCGCGGCACAGCGGCGGAUGCGGCCGGAUAUAUUAGUAGUUUGCAUUUGCAUAGUGCGUUGAUGGAUUUGAUAACUUAGGAGUAACACGGACACAUGCCACCACAGCCACCACUAGAUGCGUUGAUGCAAGCAGAAGAUCGCCACAUGUGUAGCCAUUUCUAAUGCAAAAAAAACGUCAGCCAAGC